GGAAGUGGCGCGCACAGGGCGGGGUUCUUCACCGGGUCCCGCGGCUGCAGCUCGGCGCUCCGGCUCCCCCUGUGCCUGCAGCGACGCCCCCUGGUCCCCCUCGCCGCUGCCGCCGCCGCCGCCGCCUCUCCCGACCCUUGUGGGCUCCCCGGCCGCGCCAUGGGCACCCGCGACGACGAGUACGACUACCUCUUCAAAGUUGUCCUUAUUGGAGACUCUGGUGUUGGGAAAAGUAAUCUCCUCUCUCGAUUUACUCGAAAUGAAUUUAAUCUUGAAAGCAAGAGCACUAUUGGAGUAGAGUUUGCAACAAGAAGCAUCCAGGUUGAUGGAAAAACAAUAAAGGCGCAGAUAUGGGACACAGCAGGGCAAGAACGAUACAGAGCUAUAACAUCAGCAUACUAUCGUGGAGCUGUAGGUGCCUUAUUGGUCUAUGACAUCGCUAAACAUCUCACAUACGAAAAUGUAGAGCGAUGGCUGAAAGAAUUGAGAGAUCAUGCUGACAGUAACAUUGUCAUCAUGCUGGUGGGCAAUAAGAGUGAUCUGCGUCAUCUCAGGGCAGUUCCAACAGAUGAAGCCAGAGCCUUUGCAGAAAAGAAUGGUUUGUCAUUUAUUGAGACAUCUGCUCUAGACUCUACAAAUGUAGAAGCUGCUUUUCAGACAAUUCUGACAGAGAUAUACCGCAUUGUUUCUCAGAAGCAAAUGUCAGACAGACGUGAAAAUGACAUGUCUCCAAGCAACAACGUGGUCCCUAUCCACGUGCCACCAACCACUGAAAACAAGCCAAAGGUGCAAUGCUGUCAGAACAUAUAGUGCUUCUCUUCUCCCCCCAGAAGGCUGUGUAUAGUCCAUUUCCCAGGUCUGAGAUUUAAAUAUAUUUGUAAUUCUGUGGUCACUUUGUGUUUUAUUAUUUCCUCAUACUUCUGAAUUUUUCCAUGUCUUAAGUCUUGAUUUUAGCUUUAUAAAAUCAUCCACUGUCCCAAAUGACUGCAGCUUUUUUUUUUCCUCCAUGUUAUGGCUUCACUAGCCUUAGUUUAAUAAACUGAAUGUUUGGAUUCCUUUAUUGUUUACUUUUCAUCGUGGAAGCCUGGCACAUCAGAGUACUUGAUCACUUGAAGCUUAGACCGAUUGGUCUUGAUCAAAUCAACCUAAGGCCACUUUAGAAAUAAGCUAUUAUUUUGCCACAGAGCAACUUCGAAUUAAUACACUCUUCUCUGCCCUAUAAAAACAUCACAGACUUUUGAGAGCUUGAACAUUUUUUUCCAUUAUUCUGGAUGUCAAUUUCUAAAUGCCUUAAUAGGGUUAGGUAGUUCCGUAGCUUAUUUUCCCUAAUUUUUGUAAGCAUCAAAAUUAAUUAGGGGGCAUGUGUCUGGGCAAGAAUGACCUUAGUUAACAUAAAAGACUUAUGGUUUACGUAGCCGUUUGGUUAUGGGGCCAUAUCUUCAACAGUGCUGCCCGGUAGGCUGGGAUCUGGAGAGACGAGGUGGAAUUCCAUCUCAGGUGCCUCUGUUGCAGUGAUCAGGUGGCCAAAAUAAUUUACCUAAUUUCCCAGCAGUAGAUUAUAUUGCCCAGGCAAUAACUCAUUGAAUGCUCUAGUAUCAAAUUGUUAAAGUGUUAAUUUUGUCUUGAACCCUUCCAGUAAUGCAAUGCAGCCUAGUUUUAUUUCCAUACCCAUCAGCAGGCAUGGAUAAUCAUUUUAACAAUGCUAAGUUUUGAGUUUUGCGGUGUAUUAUGGAAUAGUUAAAUACCUGGUUUCCGUAUAUCCGAAGAAUACAGUGAAAGGUUAAUUUCUGCUCAAGUGGUAUCACUUAAAGGCAUGUAUUCUUUUAGUACGUAGGAUGAAAUAGUACCCUGAGUUUAAAUAGAAUGCGUUUAGGCAUUGUAAAAGCCCGAAGUAGUCUUCUUCCACUACAUUAUUGAAAUCAGUGGAGCAACUUGUUUCUCAUUCAGAAAUGUACACACUAAUACUUAGUUUUUACUUUCUUGUGGAUAAUAUUAAUUAAGCACUUGCACUCUGCAGUGUUCUGAAAGUUGUGUCAGCGGAAGUGAUGCUAUUCAGAUGGUGGAAUAUCCCAAAAAUAUAUGUUUGUGUGGGCUUGCAUAGAUUACUAUGUUUCAUAGUUAUCUUUUGUCUGUUGCGGUGCUCAUGACGUGUGUGGGUGGGGCCGCAUGCACGGAAGGCAUUGCCGUGGUCAGUCAUUUUGGUUUUCUUCUGUAGCUAUUUUAUUAUUUUAGUGUAUUGGUUAUGAAGAUACUAUUAUCUAUUUGUAAAUUGCUACUUUGUAUUUUAUGCAUGCUCUGUAACUUGAUUUUUUUUUCUUUUUUUAGUUCUUUGGAAUAUAUUCAUAUUCUAAUAAACAGUUAUAGGGGGA